CCCAGACAAUGGACAGUUGACAAAACAAGCGACUUCAAUUGUGCUGUGUGCAAGGGAAAAGCACCAUCUGUCACAGAGUGGUGUGAAUGAUGUUGUAGCAGCCAUGCAACAGUAUCAAGCUCAGUUGGUGGCAAAUUUGAAGAAUCGACUUCAACAUGUCUUCAAACAACAUCCUGGAAAUGAACUUGAAGCGGAGGCAAUAGCAGUGUUUGACCAGAUUGAGGAUCCCUUUGCAGCGGUUUCAACAACGUACAGGCAGGACAGUGUGAUAAAGAAGAAUUUUCAUUACGUGGAGUCCGAGGAGGUGACUGUGGGAUAUGCAGCGUGUUUUAAGAAAAAGGGAGCAAAAAGACUUCUAUCCACUAAACCUAAAUCUUUUCAUUAUAUCCCCCUCAUACAAAGUUUAGAGCAGUUGUUGUCUCAUCCCAGGGUUCUAGCCAUGACAAAGGAAGUCAGAAAUGUUAGAAAUGGAUACCUAUGUGACAUUAUGGAUGGAGAACUUAUGAGAACACACCCAUUAUUCUCAACUCGACCUUCUGCAUUGCAAAUAAUAGUUUACUCAGAUGAAAUCGAAAUUUGUAACCCUCUUGGCUCUCAUACCUCUAAAAACAAGUUGAUUAUGUUUUAUUAUACAUUAGGGAAUAUUAAUCCAAAGUAUAGAUCUAAGCUUGCUUCAAUAAGACUUCUGGCUAUGGCAAAUGUUAAUGAUCUCUCUGAUUAUGGUGUUGACAAAAUAUUGGAAAGACUUCAUGAAGAUUUGGUCAAAUUGUAUAAUGGUGUUAAAAUUCAGACAGAGGGUGGAGAGCUAGAAAUAUUUGGUGCAGUGGUCUCCAUUUGUGGAGAUACUUUAGCACAGCAUGAGCUUUGUGGGUUCAAAGAGGGGGUAGGCUUUGCUUUUAGUAAAUGCAGACAGUGUGAAUGUACUUUUGAAGACAUGCAGAUGUACUUCAGUGAAGAGAACUUUGAGAAAAGGACAUUGGAAAGACAUGUCAGACAGUGCAAUGACAUUGACAAGGCCAGCACAGACUUUCUAAAAAACAGCUUGAAAACUACAUAUGGGAUCAACAGAAGGAGUAAAGUGAUAGAUUUUCCAGGCUUUAACAUGAUCAAACAAACACCUCAAGAUAUAAUGCACAUCAUUCUGGAAGGCAUUGCUCCAUUAGAAAUAAAAUGUGUAAUUAAACAUUUGGUUCUUUUAGGCCAACUCAACUUGGAUGAUUUUAAUGCUGGAAUUGUUGGUUUCCCCUACUCUCCUCUGGAUAUCAGAGACAAACCCAGUCCAGUUUCUUAUAGUACUUUAGCCUCAAAUGAUAAUAAGUUAAAGCAGUCAUCAGGGCAAAUGCUUGUUCUUCUGAGAAUUUUGCCCUUUUUAAUAGAUAAAGUUAAAAACACUGAAUGUUAUGCUCUUAUUGUUGAACUAAUAGAGAUUGUACAAAUCUUGUUUUGUCCUAUUCUAAGUCUUACAACUAUAGACAGAUUAAAAAAACUCAUUGACAAACAUUUAAAGCAUAUGAAACGUAUAUUUCCAGAUAACAACAUUACACCAAAACAGCAUUAUUUAAUUCAUGUGUCAUCACAGAUUAAAAACUUGGGACCGAUGGUUCGCCACAUGUGUAUGAGAUUUGAGUCAAAACAUUGUUUUUUCAAACAGUGGGUCUCCAAAGUCAAUUUCCGAAAUGUGUGCCAUUCUUUAAUACGACACAAUCAAAUGUAUGAAUGUUGUCAGAAUUUAAGUAGUGCAGAACACCCCAUUUUUUCAUCUGAAUGUAUACUUGGACCAACAUCGGAAGUUAAAAACAUGCCCUAUCUUAGAGAGAAAGUAAGAGCUUUCUUUGGAAAUUAUCAAAUUAGCCAUGCAGUUUCUGUAAAAUGGUUAAAUCUAAACAAUAAUAAAUACAUAUCAGGUAAAACUUUAAUUGCGAAUGCAGUUUCCCAUAACUUACCAGAGUUUGGACUUGUUCAGAACAUUUUUGUUAUUAAUUCAUCUUUGUACUGUUUUGAGUUACAGCCAUAUACCACAAUCUGUUUUGAUAGAGAUUAUAUGGCAUACAAAACUGAAAUUCCUAAUAUUGCACAAGGAAAUGAAUUUAUAUCAUCUGAUCAAAUGGUGGACUAUACUCCAUAUUAUAGUUACAAGCACAAUGAUGGGACAUAUGUGCUUUUGAAGUAUGAUCUUGGUGAUGUCAUUGAAAUUCACAACCGCAUUUGAUCUCAAAAAGAGCAGUUGUUUAGUCAAAAACAAAUAAUCCUGUAUCAAUGAACUCUUAAUGUGCAUAAAAUGUUUUGUUAACAGUUCAUAUUUUCAUAUUUCUGUAAAUUGUAAUACACCUACUUAGCCACUUAAAUGGAUACGAAACACUGAAUCAACUUUGUUGGAGUGAUAAACUUUAAAUGCGGUUGUUAAAAAAUGGUGCCUGGGAUCACUUUCAAGAAAAACACCAUGAACCAAAGUUUGACUCCUAAUACAUCAUAACCUUUUUUUUUCCCCUAACUGCUCUUGCCAUGUUGUUCUAUUUGUC